ACCCUCCCCACUCACUCACCUCAAAGAUGCGUUCUACCGCUGCUCUCCGAAUGUUCAGGCAGACGCCUCGCAUGCUGCGACCCGUCCCCGUUUCGUAUUACAGAAGGAGGACCAGGCUGGCCACACCAUCUCUCAGCGACUCCGAAAGCUCAAGCAGAUCCCUCCUGAGCUGUACCCCCUCGCUGUCGUUGUCGGCUUCGCUCUCGGCGCUGCCGGCUACUCCAUUUCUCGCAAGUUCAUUGUCGACAAGAACCUCCGUCUCGCUCGACAGGGCCCUGCUGCGCGUCAGGCAAGCAGCGGUCACGGUGAGAGCGAGGAGCACUAAACUUAUACCGAAGAAUAGAGUGACUCUUGGGGAAUGA